AUGGCUUCUGAUAACAGCAACACAACUGUCUUUGUCUCUGGUGCUACUGGUUUCAUUGCUCAGCACGUAGUUAGACAAUUGCUUGACCAGAACUACAAGGUUAUUGGUUCUGUUAGAUCUGCUGAGAAGGGUGACCACUUGAAGAAUGUUAUCUUCAAAGGUGGUGACUUCAACUAUGAGAUUGUCAAAGACAUCUCUGAUCCAACCGCAUUUGACCACGUCUUCGAGAAGCAUGGCAAGGAUAUCAAGGUAGUCUUACACACCGCCUCUCCAUUCCACUUCAACACUACUGACAUUGAAAAGGAUUUGUUGAUUCCAGCUGUCAACGGUACCAAGGGUAUCUUAGAAUCCAUCAAGAAGUACGCUGCUCAAACAGUUGAGAGAGUUGUUGUUACUUCCUCCUUUGCUGCCAACACCUCCACAGUUGACAUGUUCUACGCUAAGGAUUCUUCCAAGACAAUUACUGAAGAAUCUUGGAACCAAGACACUUGGGAAAGUUGUCAAUCCGAUCCAAUCAGAGGUUACUGUGGUUCAAAGAAGUUUGCCGAAAAGGCGGCUUGGGACUUCUACAACGCCAACAAGGACUCUGUCAAAUUUAAGUUGUCUAUCAUCAACCCAGUAUACGUCUUCGGUCCACAAAACUAUGUGGAACCAGGUAAGAAGAUUCUAAACACUUCUUCUGAAGUCAUCAACAGCUUGGUCCACUUGAAGAAGGAUGACCCAUUGCCAGAGUUUGCAGGUGGUCACAUCGACGUCCGUGAUGUUGCCAAGGCUCAUAUCCUAGCGUUCCAAAAGGACGAGUUGAUCGAGCAAAGAUUGAUGCUUCAUGCUGGUCUAUUCACUACCCAAACCCUGCUAGAUAUCAUUAAUGAACAAUUCCCAGAACUGAAAGGUAAGAUUCCAGCUGGUAAGCCAGGUACCGGUAACCCAGAUGAUGCAUUGACUCCAGUUGACAACUCCAAGACCAAGAAAUUGCUGGGCUUCGAGUUUAUUGAUUUGAAGAAGGACCUUUACGACACCAUCUCUCAAAUUUUGGAAGCCGAGAAGAACUCUAAUUAA